CUCGAGCUCCCGAGAAUAAGUUGAAUAGAGUAAAUAUUAGGUCCGGAAAUCAUUUAAUCCCACAAUAGGAAUUAUUACGUGCGACACACGCAACAAUUUUAUUGUCCCAGAAGAAGAAAAGGGAGAGGGGGAAAGAGAGAAAGGGGUUCUCUUUUAAACGAGACAGUAUCCCUGUCUUGUCUCAUCCCGGCGGCUUCGUAAGACAGUCAGUCUUCUCUGAUCCGUUUUCGUGGCCUUCAUUAUUGGGCUUGAGAGCAAAAUCGUCGACAAAACUAGCAGGUCGAGUUAUUAUCAUUCGAAACACCUAAAUCAUCGCUCUCCUGCGCCGACCGGGGUUGACGGGGGUUUGUCGGAACGGAGUCGUCCUGAUAGACGACCCCCCCCCCCCACCAUGAGGAAUCCAUUCGCGAGCCUCUGGCGCCGAGAGUCGGUCUACGAUUACAUCGGCGUCCUGAUCCCGCUCGAGGAGGCGCACCUGCACAGCCAUUCCGCCCGGUCCGGGAGGUGCGAAUUCGAGGAGGCGAGGACGAGCCCCGACGGCGCCGACGCCGACGAUCCCGCGCCGAAGGAUGGCGACGAGGACGCCGGCAUGCUGCAGAUGAGCGCGGCCGAGUACACUAUCGAGGGCCUGAGGAGAGAGGUCCGCCGGGGCGAGAGGCGCCGCCAGUGGUCCGAGUACGAACUGAAAUCAAAACUUAUCAACAAAGCCCUUCAAGAUAUCGGGAUGGGCCGGUAUAAUUGGCAGUUAUUCGUUUUAUGCGGGUUCGGGUGGUUUGCGGAUAAUUUAUGGAUGCAAGGCGUCUCGCUGACUCUUCCUUCUCUUUCGGAAGAGUUCGGUGUCUCGGAGAAGCAGGUUAGAUACACGACCAGCUCUCUAUUUGUAGGGCUAUGCAUCGGGAGCUUUCUCUGGGGUCUGGGAUCCGACAUCAUAGGCAGGCGCAUCGCCUUUAAUGUCACGUUGCUGGUCACGGGCAUUUUCGGCAUUUGGGCGUCGUAUGCGGCGAGUUGGACGUCGGUCUGCAUUCUGCUCGCCUGCAUGGGGACCGGCGUUGGCGGAAAUCUGCCAGUAGAUGGAGCACUCUUCCUGGAAUUUUUGCCGGACACUUCCAGCGCGUUGCUGACCCUCCUGUCCAUAUGGUGGCCCAUAGGACAGCUCGUUUCGUCCCUCUUCGCCUGGUACUUCAUCACCAAUUGGCCGGUCGAAGAGGGGUGGCGGUACUUCGUCAUGACGAUUGGGAUAAUCACGCUUGUCAUGUUCGUUAUCCGGUUUGGCAUUUUUCAUAUGUUCGAAUCGCCCAAGUACCUUCUGUCGCAGGGUCGCCAGUCUGAGGCUGUUGGCGUUGUCCAUGGCAUUGCUUACCAAAACGGGAAAAAGACCUGGCUCACCGACGAGAUUUUGGACGCGGUUGCGGAAACCGAUGGCACAACGCCGGCUAGAGUUUCUGCCGCGAAUAUCCUUAAGAAGAACCUCACCUCCUUUUCUAUCAGCCACAUACGGCCCCUUUUCCAAACCCGCCAGCUCGGCAUGGCGACUGCUCUGAUGUGGUUCUGUUGGAGUACGAUCGGCCUGGGAUACCCCCUUUUCAAUGCCUUUCUCCCGCAGUACCUCUCUCACGGCGGCUCGGAAGCGCCUGGAAACAGCGAGGGUAUGGCAGCGUUCAAUGCCGCCUCGUCAGAGACAUAUCGCAAUUACGCUAUAAUAUCCGUCGUCGGCGUGCCGGGAAGUCUGCUCGCCGCAUACACCGUCGACCACAAGUCCCCGUUCCUCGGGCGCAAGGGGACGCUCGCCAUCUCGACGCUGGUGUCGGCCGUGUUCUUGUUCUUCUUCGUCGCCUUCGGCACCACGCCUAACCGGCAGCUCUUCUUCACCUGCGUCGAGGCCUUCUGCCAAAACAUCAUGUACGGCGUCCUCUACGCCUUCACCCCCGAGAUCUUCCCCGCGCCGGUGAGGGGCGUGGGCACGGGCGUCGCCAGCUUCCUCAAUCGCGUCGCCGGCCUGAUCGCUCCCAUCCUUGCCGCCAACGUGCCCGGAGACGGCACCACGACGCCCAUAUACAUGUCGGCGAUUUUGAUUCUCGCCGCGUUUGUCGGAAUGACGAUGAUACCUAUCGAAACCAGAGGCAGGCAGAGACUCUAGUCGUCUUAUUUUGGGUCCAUUGAUUUCGCUUACAAGGGCAUCCGUAAAGGUAUCUUUAGCAUCGUAAUAUAGUAUUGUAUCUUGGUGCCUACCCAGUUCCUAGUUCUUGCAC